AUGUUAAUGUUUAAAAAGUUACUACCCCUUGUUUUAUUGAAAGCAAAGGUCUUUGCAGAUGAUACGGAUUGGCAUGCUUCCCCCGUCACAUUUCGAAUUGUCAACAUUCGACCCGAGCCACCGUACAAUGGAACAGGCACCAGAGUGGGUUAUUGGAGCGUACAGGAUGGUGUGAUUGUUGACACUGGCCUCGCAAUCGAAUUUUUUUUAAAUGACACUGUAUUGCAAGGUAAUGGCUCUAACUCUAAACUUGAAGUGACCUCACCGGGAGGCCGUUUGACGUUCAAUGAAGAAAAUGAGGGUACCACCGGAUUUUCUAUAGUUUUAAACGAUUCAGCAGAACUUUUACUGAAUGGAGCAGCCCCGACAGUAUGGAUCUGUCAGUCUGGAGAUACUUCUGAAAUACACAUCUACGACGAGUCACCCGGGGAUGACUGUGAACAAUAUCACGUUGCUCUAGAAUCUGAACAGUUUAGUUCGAUUCCAGAGGACCCGUGCGAUAAUCCAGAGUACGCCGACGAAUGUGACGACGCCGGAGGAUCCGGUGGUGGAUCUAGUGGUGGUAAUGAUGGUGGAUCUGGUGGUGGAUCUGGAGGUGGAUCUGGAGGUGGAUCAGGUGGUGGAUCAGGUGGUGGUUCUGGUGGAGGAUCUGGUGGUGGUUCUGGUGGUGGAUCAGGAGGUGGAUCUGGUGGUGGCUCUGGUGGUGGAUCAGGAGGUGGAUCCGGUGGUGGUAAUGAUGGUGGUUCUGGUGGUGGUAAUGAUGGCGGUAAUGACGGUGGUUCUGGUGGAGGAUCUGGAGGAAGUUCUGGUGGUGGUGAUGAUGAGGACGACACAAGUACUACUACAAGUGGUUCAACCACCUCAAGCCCUGCAACUAGUCCAACCACCUCUACAACAUCAGCUACAGGUACUUCAACCCCGACAAGCGCACCAGGGACUACCACUUCAGCUCCCACGACGACUUCUAGCCCAGAAGCAACCAACGCUGGUGGAGCCGUCAAUCUAGUUGGUCCUAAUGGGCUGUCAGGAUUGAUUGGAGGGGUAGCAAUUGCUCUACUGAUUUAA